AUGCUGCGGCAGUCCGAGCCAACCUCCAGCACCCUGCAGCUGGUUGCUAACGAUAUGUCCGGCAUCAUGGAGAAGCUGGACACCCGUGAGCUCGACCUGGGAGACGGAGAGUACGACACAACCGACGCCAGCGCCGCAGCGGAGCGUUUGUCUUUCAUGGCGAUCUACAACACCGUGGGCUUCAAGGAGCCCACCGCCAAGGUCUUCCUGUCUUCACCGAUCACCGCCAAGAUCCUGGAGGUGGAGCGGUUCACCUCGGCGCAAGACCGCUUCAACAUCACCACGCAGAGGAGCGUCAAUAAGUCGAUGCCGGCAGUGUUUCAUAUCGAGUUGAAACACGGGGAGUUCACGUGGCUGGUGAAGAGGAAGGAGAAACACUUCAUGGAUCUCCACAAAGAGCUGAGGACGUACAAAACCUUCAUGAGGCUGCCACUGCCCACCCGCAGUCACACUGUGAAGAGACAUUCGGCGACGAGGAGCGAAGCGAGGCAGAUGCCGAACCUCCCCAAAGGAGGAGGAGAUGAACUGGGCAGAGAGGAGCAAGUUUCCAGUCGCAGGAAACAACUGGAAGAUUACUUGAAUAACCUGCUGAAGAUGCCGAUGUACAGGAACUACCACGCAACGAUGGAGUUCAUUGAUGUUAGCCAGAUGUCCUUCAUCCACGAUCUGGGACCAAAAGGCUUAGAAGGAAUGGUGCAGAAGCGAUCCGGCGGCCAUCGGAUCCCCGGGAUAAACUGCUGCGGUCGCAGUAAAAUGUGCUACCGCUGGUCCAAACGCUGGCUGGUGGUGAAGGACUCCUUCCUGCUGUACAUGAAGCCGGACUCGGGUGCCAUCUCCUUCGUGAUGUUGGUGGACAAGGAGUUCGGCAUCCAGAUGGACUCCAAAGACACGGAGACCAGACACGGCGUCCGCAUCAACAACCUGUCCAGGUCCCUGGUGCUGAAGUGCUCCACCUACAGACAGGCCCGGUGGUGGGGUCAGGCCAUCGAAGGCUUCGUCCAGAAGCACGGCUCGGCCUUCCUCACCGAACACCGCUUCGGUUCCUUCGCCAGAGAGGAGCUGAACAUUCCUGCCAAAUGGUAUGUCAAUGGGAAAACAUACAUGGAGGACGUGGCCGAUGCUCUUGAAGAAGCCAAAGAGGAAAUAUUCAUCACAGACUGGUGGUUAAGUCCAGAGAUCUUCCUGAAGAGGCCGGUUGUCGAGGGUAACCGCUGGCGUCUGGACUGCAUCCUGAAACGCAAAGCGCAACAAGGAGUGCGGAUCUUUGUGAUGCUGUACAAAGAGGUGGAGUUAGCUCUGGGCAUCAACUCAGGAUACAGCAAGAGGACGCUGCUGCACCUCCACCCCAACAUCAAGGUGAUGCGCCACCCAGACCACGUCUCCUCCGCCGUCUACCUGUGGGCGCAUCACGAGAAGAUCAUCGUCGUCGACCAAUCGGUGGCCUUCGUCGGUGGGAUUGACCUGGCGUACGGCCGCUGGGACGACAGGGAGCACCGGCUGACGGACAUCGGGAGUGUGACACGCUCACACUUGGAGCAGGGCAACGCCGCCUCCGCGAGCGCGUCCGCCUCGGCCAACGGCAGCGGCGCCGUUUCCCAGGGCAACGGGAAGGGAAUUUUUACAGUGACGGACUCGGUGGACCAGCCCAAGCUGAAAGGUCAGGGGAGGAUGAAGAGGACGAGGUUCAGCAUCAGGAGACAGCUGCAGAAACACGGACUGGCCCACGCCGACAGCGACAGCGACUUGGAGAACGAAGAGAGAAGCGGCUCGGUGCGUAGUCUGCACACAGGAGUCGGGGAGUUGUUCGGAAACACUCGCUUCUGGCACGGCAAAGACUACUGCAACUUUGUGCACAAGGACUGGAUUCAGCUGGACAAACCGUUCGAUGAUUUCAUUGACAGACACACAACUCCCAGAAUGCCUUGGCACGACAUCGCCUCAGUGGUUCAUGGGAAAGCAGCUCGAGAUGUGGCGAGACACUUCAUCCAGCGGUGGAACUUCACCAAGCUCGUGAAGCCAAAGUACCGUUCUCUGACGUACCCGUGUCUGCUGCCCAAGUCUCACACCACCGCCGGAGAGCAGCGAUAUCAAGUCCCCGACUGCAUCCCCGCCAAAGUGCAGAUCCUUCGCUCAGCCUCUGACUGGUCCGCUGGCAUCAAAAACCACGAGGAGUCCAUCCACAACGCCUACGUCCACGCCAUCGAGAACAGCCAGCACUUCAUCUACAUAGAGAAUCAGUUCUUCAUCAGCUGUGCAGACAACAGACACGUUUUCAACAAGAUAGGAGACGCUAUUGCUGAGCGCAUAAUCAGAGCAUAUAGGGAGGGUAAAAGGUACCGAGUGUACGUGGUGACGCCUCUGCUGCCGGGCUUCGAAGGAGACAUCAACACCGGAGGGGGCAGCGCCAUCCAGGCUGUCAUGCACUUCAACUACAGGACCAUGAACAGAGGAGACCACUCCAUCAUCUCCCAGCUCAAGAGAGAGAUGGGAGACCAGUGGAUGAACUACAUCUCCAUCGCUGGUUUGAGGACUCACGCUGAGCUGGAGGGGAAGCUGGUCACCGAGCUCAUCUACGUCCACAGCAAGAUGCUCAUCGCCGACGACAACACCGUCAUAAUCGGUUCUGCCAACAUCAACGACCGAAGCAUGCUGGGAAAGAGGGACAGCGAGGUGGCGGUGAUCGUGGAGGACUCGGAGACGGUGACGGCGGUGAUGGACGGGCAGGAGUAUCAAGCUGGAAAAUACGCCCUGCAGCUCCGCCUCGAGUGUUUCAAAACCAUUUUAGGCGCUCACACGGAUCCCUCCAUCGACGUGUCGGAUCCCGUCAGCGAUCAGUUCUACAAGGAGGUCUGGAUGGCAACCUGCGCCCGCAAUGCUACCAUUUACCAGAGGGUUUUCCGUUGUCUGCCGUCCAGCGACGUCCGUAACAUCUUGGAGCUGGAGGGUUACCUGGCCAAGCCAGGCCUGGACAAGGAGGAUCCGGCCCGGGCUCUCGAGGAGCUGAAGAAGAUCCGUGGUUUCCUGGUCCAGUUUCCUCUUCAGUUCCUGAGCGAGCAGAACCUCCUUCCUCCAAUCGGCUCCAAGGAGGCCAUGGUGCCCAUGGAGGUCUGGACCUGAGGCAGAGGGACUCAGCUGUGCUGUUCAUGUGUUCACGCACAGCUUACGGAAGGCUCAGGUCGAUAAAAACCACUCUGCUGCCAUUUUGGAGAAAGAGCGGCUGCACGGUCUUUUUAAAAUCAUGGCUAAAAAAAAAAUAAAAAAUGCUACUGCUUGUUUACUUUGGCCAAAGAAGGGGAAUAAUAAUUAAAUCACAUUUUUUAGUGCACAAACAUCCUCAUCAGUCCCUGCCACAGCCACAACAACAUUAAUAAUAUGCAAAUAUCUGACCAACCAAAUGGUUGGGAGCCGUCGAUGUACCGGAUUCUUAAACUAAAAGUAGCUCCGCAAUCGGUUGUUUGGGUUAUGAUAACUCGGUACUCGAUCAAACGAAGCCUCCAACACAUUUAGAAGAGAAAACAAAACAGCCAGAUAAUUCCCCAGAUAGUCGAUGGUUGGUUCAGGUCCAAAAAGUGGCUUUAAUAAUCUGGUUUUGCUUCCAACCCAUCUGAUUUUUAGACUUUAGUCAGGAAUGUGGCACACUAGGACUACAGGACCAAUCGCUGGAGAUAGUUUUCCUUUAAGUUGAUGUUUGGUGUCACAGUUGCUAAUACUAGGGAUGAUGGGAUUGCCCUCAUUAUUUAAGAGACUCGAGCUGAACACAAGACAGUUUACUGCCUGACCUCGCAGCCGGAAUGACUUCCAAAAUGGUGUCAGCUGUGGUUGCGACAAAGCCUCUGUACCAGCGGUGUCACUGAAUGCACAUUUCCAGUUAAAUAACUCAUGCAGACGGACCAUGGAUGGAAACACACAGAGACUCCCAGAACUGAUGCACACAUCGAACAUCGAAGUCAACCAGCAGUUGAACUGUAUAGUGCCUGACAACCAGGGCCUCAUGUUUACACGAAGUAAAGGAAACUCUGAGGCCUGACACACCUCCUCCUUCAUUGUCUAACAACACUAUGCAACAUCUAGAGCUGGCAAACGCAGCUCUGACUGUUCAGAGUGGAGGACGGACACUUUGAAAAGACACUAAAAGACUCGAAUGAAGACAGCGACGUGGAGAACGGGAUGAAGAGCCGGACGGAGCUGUGAGACGUCUCCAGCCAUCUUCUUAAACUCGUGUCUCACAUCUCUGAAGUCCUGCUUUUAAUGUUUAUGUCAAACGGGAAUCACAAGUGCCAAAGAUAGACAGACUGUAGCCUGAUGCUAAUACAGUACACGCAUUCAUUUACAUUCCUCAUACUGUAGAGUCUACAUUAAGCCUUAAGUGACCUGAUCUUUGGAGUUCCUUUGGUAGCGCUUAAUAAUUUCCUGGAAGUUCUCUGGAAAGAAGUCCAUUUACACCACAAAGUACAUUUUCAUUUCAUUAUUACAAACGUUAUUCUCCAUUUAAUAGUUAAAUUGUUAACUAGCAUUUACUCAGUAAGUGUGUAAAGGUAACGACCCUUUCCGGGAAACUUCUAGAAAGUUAUGAACUCAAUUAAAGCGCCAUCGUUCUUUUAUGAAGUAUAUCUACAGAUUCAUGCAUGGUGACUUUAUUAUAAUGCUGCGUUUCAUUCAGUGUCAGAAGGUGGAAAUUGUUAAGCAACAGCCAAAUUUAUAUAAUCAGGAAACAUUGUUUUGUUUUACAAAAAGGUUUUUUUUGGCCACUUGGGGGCAGUGGAACAAACUGAAAAUUUGGACACAUUUUAGUAAACAAACACGGAGCAACAGUAGCAUUAAUCCAACGUGCUUUAGCUCCGAUUUUGGUCUCCACCAACCCCGUGAGGGGAAUAUCUGACCCUUUAGCUGCUAAAUGCUCCACUUUUCUCACCAGUUUGUCCCCAACUUUGUCGUCGUCUCGGCUUGGCGCUGAGCGUGGAGUGUACAUUGAGCUUUUAGACUUACACUGAUGGAAGUGUUGAGGCUGAACCAAAACAGUAAAUAUACCGAAAAACGGAAACUAGAAGCAAAAAGAUGCUAAAAAAAAACGUUCCACAGUGUAGAGUGGAUGAUAAUUGUUCUGCUGGUUUGUCACUACAAGCCACACCUUUAACAUCACACACAGUCAUUUGAUUUAUUGUUUUUGCUAAGCGUAUUUAGAGUAUGUAUUGGACUUACAUUCAUCAGAUGACCAGAAACACGACUGCGAAUGCUGGCGGUGUAACGAGUGACCCUUUACUUUGCGAGUUCUCCACAUAAACUUAAAAGACGAUAAUGUCAGUUUGUUUCUGCUGCCCUCAUGUGGCCAAAAUGUUAUUGCAGGUUUAAGAUAUUCAUCAGUGCAGCUCUAAUUCAAGUUUAACAAUUAUUUAAAAAGUUUGAAACGCCCCAUCUCGAUUGACACAGUGUUCGUCUCUCGAUUUCUGAUGUUCUCAUGUUUCUGGAACGCAGCAUCGAUAUUUUUCAGUGUCUUCCUCGUCGGUCUGUAAGUGAUCUGCAUGAUGAUGUUCUGUGCUAUAAAAGCGAGAUGAAACCGGUAGCUGACAGCAUGACAGCAGCUUGUUGCCAUUUAAACAUUACAGAUGAAAGCAUGAACCCUGCAAGCUGAAUGGUUGCCUUUUAAAGCCAUGGACGUUAUUGAUGCUAAACAGUGUGCCUGUCUACAAGUUUGUGUGUCAGAUACACAUGAAACUUCUCUACUGUUGUUAUUUAUGGAUAGUGGGACCUUAAAUGUGCUCUUCUUUUUAAUAUUCCUCUCUACCUCCCUGUGUUUCUACCUCCUGCUCCAGUGCAUGUUUAAUAUUUGCAGCUUCCCCCAAAAUUUAGCCAAGUAAAGAAAGUCUGAAAGGGCAAACAAGAUGUUUACGUCACUGUAAACUCUCCCUGCAGAGAUAUGAAGUUCAUCAGCAAAGAUGUUGAUUUGAAUGGAAAUGGUUUGCAUUCAAAAUACCCAAAAAUGUUGGUGUGGUUAUUGUUUCAGAUGGUUCUAGUGGGAACCAAGACAUACAGUACACAUAGAUUCAUUGGUAUAAAUGACCAUCAAACCUUCAGACCUGGGCUGCAGAGGUUGAACACACUGAUGCUUUUCUCUGUCUGGCUUUAAUCACUGUGUCUCAAUGGAAAUGCACUAUUUGCACAGACUGUUGUUUUCUUGUGGCGACCCUUAAAUGAUCUGCAGUACCACGUCAUGUGUCGUUUUUUGUUUAUGGAUGGAAUAAAUUAUGUAUUAAUAAGUCAUUAAAAAAAGAUCUGGUCUUCAGAGGGCUUUGUAACUUCACCUCA